GUGUGUGUGUGUGUGUGUGUGUGUAUAAAAAAAACAACCCACAUAUAUAGACAUAUACGUGCACACAAGGGGUCGCGCGACCGUCCAGUUACAGAACCGCAGUGCGCGUGGGGUUCUCCAGAGCGCGGGAUCCGGUGCCCGUUAUGGUUUUAUAAAGAUUCACGGAGGAGCUACAGUAGCUGCACGAGCCGUUUACUUCCGACAGGAUGCCAGAAAACAUGAACAUGGAUCGUGUGAAGAAAGGAGGCUGUGGGGCUACAGUGAGCUUCCACAACAUCCAUUACAGCGUCAACAGCAAGACUGGAAUGCUCUGCAAACAGAAGAAGACCCAGAAAAACAUCCUCAUCGACCUCAAUGGAAUUAUGAAGCCUGGAAUGAACGCCAUAUUAGGAGCCACAGGGAGCGGAAAAUCCUCUUUUUUGGAUGUGCUGGCAGCGAGGAAAGAUCCAAAAGGACUGACUGGAGAGGUGCUGAUAGACGGCGCACCACAGCCGCCCAACUUUAAAUGUCUGUCUGGAUACGUAGUGCAGGAUGAUGUGGUGAUGGGAACGCUAACAGUGAGGGAGAAUCUGCGCUUCUCGGCAGCGUUGAGGCUUCCGAUGUCUAUUGGUCAGAAGGAGAAGGAGGAGAAAGUGGAGCGACUGAUUGAUGAGCUCGGGCUGACUAAAGUAGCUGACUCACGGGUGGGCACGCAGCUGAUUCGUGGCAUUUCGGGAGGCGAGAGAAAGAGGACCAACAUUGGCAUGGAACUUAUUAUCGAUCCAUCUGUCCUCUUCCUGGACGAGCCGACAACCGGACUGGAUGCGAGCACGGCUAACUCUGUCCUGUCGCUCCUGAAGAGGAUGUCGAAUCACGGCCGUACCAUCAUCUUGUCCAUCCACCAGCCGCGUUACUCCAUUUACCGGCUGUUCGACACACUCACCCUGCUGGUGUCGGGUAGACAGGUUUACCACGGGCCUGCUCAGAGUGCACUGGACUACUUCAGCAACAUCGGCUUCACUUGUGAACCCCAUAACAACCCUGCUGACUUCUUCCUGGAUGUCAUUAAUGGAGAUUAUACUGCAGUGUCUGAAAGCAAGCUAGAGGAUAAUGCAGAGCUGGAUCAUAAGCAGUAUGCAUCGACCCGUCAGAACAUCGAGGACCGUCUGGUGCAGGAGUACCAGCAGUGGUCGUACCACAAGCAAACCAAAGACGAGCUGGAGCAAAUCACGCAGGGACGCAAGUACGACAACCGGCCCAAAUCGCGCACCAUCACCUACAACACGUCCUUCUGCCACCAGUUCAAAUGGGUGCUGAAGAGGACAUUCCGCAACCUGAUGCUCAACCCACAGACCUCCUUUGCUCAGAUUGGCGUGACUCUUUUCUUAGCUCUGAUUGUCGGUGCCAUCUUUUUCAGUGUGUCCAACAAUAGAAGUGGAAUCCAGAACAGGAUGGGCGCCUUGUUCUUCAUCACCACCAACCAGUGUUUCAGCUCGCUGUCGUCCGCCGAACUCUUCAUCACAGAACGCAAGCUCUUCCUACAUGAGUAUGUUAGCGGUUAUUACAGAGUGUCGGUGUACUUCCUGUGUAAGCUGCUCUCAGAUAUUCUCGUACUGCGCACUUUUCCAGCCAUCAUUUUCAGCUCUGUGGCCUACUGGAUGAUUGGGUUCAAAGUGGAUGUUGGGUCAUUUUUCAUCUUCAUGUUCACCGUCGCCAUGACUGCGUACACGGCGACAUCCAUGGUGAUGGCCAUCUCUGCGGAUCAGAACGUGGUGGCCAUCGCCAACAUCUACAUGACCAUAACCUUCGUGUUCAUGAUGAUUUUCUCAGGAUUGUUGGUGAAUUUGCCGAGCAUUGCUGACUGGCUGAGCUGGUUAAAAUACUUCAGCAUUCCACGCUACGGCCUUACUAGUCUCCUGGUGAACGAGUUUGUUGGGCUGGAAUUCUGUGACCCUCCUAUGACUCAAUCCAAUUUUACUGUAGUCUUCAAUUGUACGUCUGGAGAGGCUUUUCUGACGGAGCAGGGCAUCAAUUACUCCACCUGGGGCAUGUGGGAGAAUAACGUGGCUCUGGGCUGCAUGAUCGUCAUAUUCCUGAGCAUCGCUUACCUCAAACUGCUCUUAAUUAAGAAAUUUACAUAGACACACACACACUCAAGCUGAUUUUCCAAAAUUCAUUCUGGGGUUUGAGUCACACUUGAGCUAUUUACAUUUAAAACCACAGAAAACUGACUUCAUCUUUUAAAAUGACACAAAUUUUUCCUCCCUUAUUAUACUGCACUUGUGCCGCCUCCUCCCUAGCUCCUCCCUCUCAUUACCUCCUUCUUUUCCUUAUUUAAUCAACAUUUACUUAAUCACGCCCAAGUUUCCCUUAUGCUUUACCAGUUUGUACAUUUCAUAGCUACACAGCUUUUUCCAGCUAUUUCUACACUCUUUUUUUCUUCUUAUUCUUCUUGUAGGUCUGUUUUUUUCCUCUGCAUAUCAUAUUUAUCAGACGUGUCCAAACUCAGUCCUGGAGGGCCACUGAAGUACAGAGUUUAGCUUCAACUUGUCAACAGACCUGCCUGGAAGUUUCUAGUAUGCCUAGCAAGACCUUGAUUAGCCAUUUCAGAUUUAAUUGGGGUUAGGAGCUAAACUGUGCAGGACCGUGGCCCUCCAGGAGCAGGAUUGGACUCCCCUGAGAUAUAUUAUAUAUUAUAUGAACAUGUAUACGAACACUGCUUCACACUACUGAGUUUAAUUCCAGCUCUGAAUGCUACACAAGCGUUAUGUGGAGAGAAAAAUAAAAACUUGAUAUUAUGGGACAGUUACAGUUGUUUUGAUGUAAUGUAAUUUUUUUUUUAAACGAUUAUAAUAAACUUUUUUUUUUUUUUGCA